UUAACCCUCUCCCAGCUGUGCCAUGUGUUUAGCUUACGUGUACAUAAACUAGGUUAAUCUCUUCCUCAAAAUAUUUACUUUGUCAGUACGGUAAAGUUACUGUUGAGUGUUAUCUAGGACACUGCAGCUGCGAUUUAUACACAUUUCAGUAAAUAUGUACACACGGGCGACAUUCCUGCUCUAUUCGGUCGUAAUUUCGUGGGUGUUUUGGAGCUCAGAAGCAACUCUGAAAGAGGAUGUUCCUCUGGAUGCAGAUGUUGAUCACUACGAGGAGAUGGUCCUCAUCAAGGGGCAGCAGUUCACCAUGGGAACAGACGCAGAGGAUGCCAAGGAAGGGGAGGGGCCUGCCCGCCUCCAGACAGUCAAGUCCUUUAAGAUCAACAGGUAUCCCGUCACCAUCGCAUCCUUCAGGAAAUUUGUGAAGGCCAAGAAAUACAAGACGGAGGCUGAAAAGUUUGGAUGGAGUUUUGUUUUGGAGAUGUUCGUGUCGAAAAAAGUCAGCAAAGAAGCAAAAGAUAGAAUAAAGGGAGCACCGUGGUGGGUACCAGUGGACAGGGCUUACUGGAGGAUGCCAGAAGGGAAAGGAUCCACUAUAGAGCACAGACUGAACCAUCCAGUCGUUCACGUCAGCCUGCGGGACGCUAAGGCAUUCUGUGACUGGCAUGGAUGGAGGCUGCCCACAGAGAUGGAGUGGGAGGCUGCAGCAAGAGGGGGUCUAGCAAAGAGGAAGUAUCCAUGGGGCAACAAGUUUGACCUGUCCCGCAUGAACAUCUGGCAGGGCAAGUUUCCUGAGAAGAAUGCGAAGAAAGACGGCUACAAGGGCGUGUCACCGGUCGACGCCUUCCCCGAACAGAACGAAUACGACCUGUAUGAUAUGGUUGGCAACGUGUGGGAGUGGACCUCAUCCCGAUUUGACGGCGAUGACGACGCGGAAGAAACAGAGAACACCAAGUACGUCUUACGAGGAGGUUCCUACAUCGACUCCAAGGAUGGCUCCUUCAACCAUCAAGUCAGGGUCACAACCAGAACGGGCAACACGCCCGACGCCGGCUCGGACAACAUGGGCUUCCGCUGUGCAGUGUCCGUCCCAAAGACCGAUUCCCAGAAGCCCCCCAAGGGCAAGAAAAUUAACCAAGACGGCAAAAAGCAGCAGGCCGAGGGGCCCAAGGUCAUAGUUCAAGAUGGUAAAAAAGCCAAACCUAUCAAACCGAAUCCAGCAGAUCUCAACGGUAAAAAGUCUACGGGCAGGAAGAAACCUACGGGUGACGAACUUUAAAUGCGUAUUGAAACUUUUAUCGUAGUUCGGAUCUACAUGUGGCAAUAUUCCACUUUGUGUGAUUGAUACUUCGAAAGGGACUAUUUUCGAAACGCUGCACAAUUUUUUUUUUUAACACUUUUCUGAAUGAAAAAGUUGUCUUUUUCUACCACCGUGUGUGCCAUUUUAGUUACAGUAAACUUUAAUAUUACAAUUUUGACGGCAAGUUGCAGGCAGAAUUAAUCACAGCCUGUUUUGUUCUGGAAACAAAAGGGACUUUAGUUCUUUAAAGUCUGUGCAGUUGCAAGUUGAUUUUUCACCUUAAAAGGGAAUUACAGUCUGAAAUUUCUGGAAAAUUUUAUGUUUUGGAUUGUUUAAUUAUCAUAUUUCAGUGGUCUGGUUGAAAGGAAAGGAAAAGAAAAGAAAAGCUGAUUUCUUACAUGGGACGCGGCGGACAUUUUGUGGCAUACGCAUAUGUAUUUUCAGCAGUGUCCGUACGGUACAGGCUGUGUGUGUUUCACGUUAUGUUGUUUGAAAGAUAGUUGUGUGGAUGUUUAUAU